AUGGACUGCCCGUUGGCUCUAGUAUCGGACGAUGGAGAUAUGCCUUGGUCAGAUAGUCACAGUAUGGCCUCCGAAGGGACCUCGUCCGUCGUAAUGCCGACAUCGCCUCUAUGGGCGAAUCCCAUCCAGGCCAAUCGAAUGGAUACCGGCCAGUUGUCUCCUAUCAGCACUGAACUCGAAAUCCCACCUGUGGGCGUAGCCGCAUCUUCCGUGCCGACCAUGAUUCAUUCUGCCACGUCUUCAAGCGCAGAAUCCUGGAGUACCAGCUACAGCGAUGACCCCGAGCUAGACGACGAAGCCGAGCACGAUCUGUCAUGGGAGAGAAAUUCUGACGAUGUAUUGACGGUUCCUAAACUAGAACCCCUCGAAGACGAUGGAUUCCAGAUGGACGAGGUGAAGGAGGCUCCCCGCACGCCAAUGCCAGAGCCGAACAAUGCGCCGGUACCACAGGCAAAGUUGAAGAGACCAAGAGGACGCCCCCGGAAACACCCCCUCACGCCCCAAGUGGCAACGAAUAAGAUAGCGAAAGGUCGCUCCAAGACCGGGUGUAUUACAUGCCGUAAGAGGAAAAAGAAAUGCGACGAAGCAAAGCCGCGAUGUUUAAAUUGCGAGAAAAAUGCUGUGGUCUGUGAAGGGUACCACGAGAAGACGAUUUGGAAGAGUGGAAAGGAGAAGGCCGAAGAAGAGCGACAGAAACGGCAUAGUCUGCCACACAUCACACUUCAACCAAUAUUUCAAGGAGUCGAGACGCCCGAGGAUAUGGUCUUCCUCAACCAUUAUAUCAGCCAUUUGAGUGGCGUGCUCACGGUUGAAGGACAACACAAGAACGCAUUCAAGGAUAUGUUACUUCAGAUGGCCGUGGAACAUCGAGGGCUCAUGCAUUCUAUCCUCUCCGUCGCUAGCAGGCAUAUCGACUAUGACACCCCUUACGGGCUGAAGAUUCUUGGUUCCAACCCGAAGAUAACCCUAACUUCGCUGCUAACUAGAUCACAAUUCCACCACAACGCGGCCAUGGAGAAGUUGUGCGAACCAGUGGGCAAUGAGAACGACCCGAAAAAUAAGACAAAUCUAUCUCCUCGAUACGGACAAAUGCUUUGCCUAUUACUACAAACUCUCGCGGAGGGAAACCCGAAUGGCGAGCAUCGUGUUCACCUUCAGGCCUACAAGAACCUCAUUCAACAAACGCCACCCCCAGAUAAUGCCUUCUUGAUAUUCAUCACCGAAUUCUUUCAGUAUCGCGUUUUCGCCGACGAACUCAUACGGUAUCCCGAUUUGCAUACCCCACGCUUGGCGACCGAGGACUGGGAGCCUUGGCUGGAAAUUCAGCCUGCACGUUUGAUCGGGGUCGCCGAUGGCUUGUUUCACUACCUUGCGCAGAUUACAACCAUCCGGAACGCCAUUAGAGCGAAUAUGGCCGCCGAGAUAGACCCAGUGGUCGACUACACUUCUCUAUACCGAGCUGCUGAGAUCGAUUCGGCCAUUCGAGAGUGGACCCCACAUUGGCCGCCAGGAGACAGUCGGGAUCGUGUAGGGCUUCUAUACAAGCAGAUGAUGUGGGUGUACUUAUUCAGGACAAUCUACCCACCAUCUUCCAACUCGCCCUCUACACUAUUCGGUCAGCCGCCGAGCAUCAUACCCUUAUCACCGACCUCGCAACCUCACUCAGCCCGUACCCCGCCCUCAUCCGAGCGACCCACGAGUAGCCAUACGACACCUCCCCGCGCCGAAUCACCGCCUCCGAUUCGAUACCCUCCCCACCACGACCACCGAAUAACUCUUGCCGUCGAUGAAUCGUUGGCAAUUCUCGAUUCGUUUAAGCCUAGCGAUCCCGUACAGACUCUACUCCUCGUACCUUGUCUAGUCAUCGGCUGCGCAUGUUUCGCCCCCGCCCAACGGGAAAAGGUCCGAGCUGCAGUCCGGACAGUAAGAGGGUAUACUGGUCUUCGGAAUUGUGAUCGUGUCGGCGAAGUACUCGAGGAAGUCUGGCGGCUCAUGGAGCGGGGCGAUUGGACACGCGUAUGGGAUUGGCAAGGCGUCGCAAGAAGCAUGGGCCUCGACUUCUCUUGUGCUUAA